CAUGGAGGCGGCGCGCAGCCUGAAAACUAGAGGCUGAGGCGCCUAAGAUGGAGUAAGAGGGAGUGGAUUAACCUUCCUGACUGAGCAGUAGCAACAAUGAAACAGACAAAAUACAGGAAACUGAUUGUUUAAGAUCUUGGAUAUCAAGCAACAAAUGACAGUGAUUCCUGAGAGAUGGGAAACCAAUGAGUUUUGCCUUCUUAGAACUCUCCUGUUUGUCAAGAAGUUACGGUCAAGAACAAGGAGAGCAUGGAAGCCAAGUUACUAACUGCCUGGUCCCAGACACUGGUGACUUUUGAGGAUGUACUUGUGGACUUCACCAGAGAGGAGUGGAAGCUGCUGGACGCUGCUCAGCAGAUCAUGUACAAAGAUGUAAUGUUGGAGAACUAUAAGAACCUCCUUUCCUUGGGACAUCAGCUUCCUAAGCCAGAUGUGAUCCUCCAGUUGGAGAAAGGGGAAGAGCCCUUGCUGGUGGAGAGAGGGAUUCACCAAGAGACCCAUCCAGAUUUGGAGACUACAGUUGAAAUUAAAUCAUCAGUUUCUAGUAAGAGCAUUUCUAAAGAUAAGCAAUCCUAUGACAUUAAAAAGGAAGUAAUAGCAAAGAAUGAUCUCUGGUAUUUAUCAUUAGAAGAAGUCUGGAAAUGUAAAGACCAGUUGGACAAGUAUAAGGAAAACCAAGAGAGACAUUUGAGGCAAGUAGCAUUCACCCAAAAGAAAUUACUUCCUCAGGAGAAAGUCUGUGAAAGUGGCAAAUAUGGGGGGAAUUGUCUUCUUCCUGCUCAGCUAGUAUUGAGAGAGUAUUUCCAUAAACGUGGCUCACAUACUAAAAGUUUAAAACAUAAUUUAAUUCUGAGUGGUCAUCAGGAAAGCUGUGCAAACAACAGUAAUGAAUGUGGUCAAACCUUCUGUCAGAACAUUCACCUUAUUCAAUAUUCAAGAACUCACAUGGGAAAUAAAUCCUAUAGCUGCCCUGAUAAUAGCAAUUCUCUUACACAUGGUACAUCCCUUGGUAUAUCAAAGGGCAUACACAGAGAGAAACCCUAUGAAUGUAAGGAAUGUGGAAAAUUCUUCAGCUGGCGUUCUAAUCUUACUAGACACCAGCUUAUUCAUACGGGAGAGAAACCCUAUGAAUGUAAAGAAUGUGGAAAAUCUUUUAGCCGGAGUUCUCACCUCAUUGGGCAUCAGAAGACUCAUACUGGUGAGGAACCCUAUGAAUGUAAAGAAUGUGGAAAAUCCUUCAGCUGGUUUUCUCAUCUUGUUACCCAUCAGAGAACUCAUACAGGAGACAAACUAUACACAUGCAAUCAGUGUGGGAAAUCUUUUGUUCAUAGUUCCAGGCUUAUUAGGCACCAGCGAACUCAUACUGGAGAGAAGCCUUAUGAGUGUCCUGAAUGUGGGAAGUCUUUUAGGCAGAGCACACAUCUCAUUCUGCAUCAGAGAACUCAUGUUAGAGUGAGGCCCUAUGAAUGUAAUGAAUGUGGGAAGUCUUAUAGCCAGAAAUCUCACCUUGUUGUGCAUCAUAGAAUUCACACUGGACUGAAACCUUUUGAGUGUAAAGAUUGUGGAAAAUGCUUUAGUCGGAGCUCUCACCUUUACUCACAUCAAAGAACCCACACUGGAGAGAAACCAUAUGAGUGUCAUGAUUGUGGAAAAUCCUUCAGCCAGAGUUCUGCCCUUAUUGUGCAUCAGAGAAUACAUACUGGAGAGAAACCAUAUGAAUGUUGCCAGUGUGGGAAAGCCUUCAUCCGAAAGAAUGACCUCAUUAAGCAUCAGAGAAUUCAUAUUGGAGAAGAGGCCUAUAAAUGUAAUCAGUGUGGCAUUAUUUUCAGCCAGAGCUCUCCAUUUAUAGUCCAUCAGAUAGCUCACACUGGGGAGCAGUUCUUCACAUGUAGUCAGUGUGGGACAGCACUUGUUAAUAGCUCUAACUUUAUUAGAUACCAGACAAAUCAUAUUAGAGAAAACGAAUAUGGAAAAUUUAUCACAAAGAGCAAUAAAUUUACUUUGGAUUAGAGAACUCCUAGAGAUAAGCUGUACAGUUUGAAUCUAUGUGGAACUGCUUUCAAUUUUGUUACUAUCACAUUGCAUACUGGAGAAUUCAUCAUGGAGGGGUUAAAAAAACUCACAAAUUUUAUUUCAAUAAUGGAUACAUCAGAUUGUCUUUCCAUAAAUUCCUAUAAAAGUAAUUGUCCUAUCAUCAUUCUUGACCAAGUCUUAAAUGCUAGAAUCUGAAAAGGAAACAUUUAAUAGGAAACAUUUACUUUCCUAUGUUUAAUAGGAAACAUUAAACAUAAAUAGGAAACAUUUACUUUCUUCAAAAAGGUAAAUGAGUAUGCUACUAUAGGGAAAGUGGUGGAAAAUGAUAUUCUAGUGAAUUAGUACAUCAUAGUUUACCUGGUUGUGCCUCUUCUCUGGGACACUUAGUAGUGUUUAGUAUGUUUUAUGUGUCUGGUAUGAGCCACAUGGGGGUUAACAGCAAGGAAAAUGCUUAUAAUGUAAUUAAAUUAAAGAACAAUACAUUUACAUAUAAUACCCAUUUUUAAAUAUGUUUGCAUGUGGACAAGAAUCGAAAGUAUUUAUAGAUAAAUGAACAGAAUUAAUUUGUUAGAU